CCUCUCUACUCGGAAUGAUGCCAUAUUUACCUGGUGACUCCUUGUGCGCGCGCUGCAGCGUCGCGCGUCACCAUAGUUACGCAGUAGGCACCAACGUCGCGCCUUCUCAUUGGUUCCUGUCUGCAGUCCCCGCAAUACGGCGACAUCGGGUUCGUUCUUGGGCGUGUUGCUAUGGUGACUGCCGGUGCGUCUCAAUCAGCUGCCUGGCUCGUGAAGCAGCAGAUCGUGUGCGCGAGCUCGGGCGCUGGGAUGAAAGAGGGAAGACCAUUUCCAAAAUGCCUCCUCCAGACAGACCAGCAAGAACGCUUGAUAGACCAUUUCCAAAAACUAAAGAGAAAGAGCUUCUUGAUCUUCGGAGGCUUCUUUCAUUUGUCUCGGCCCCCUUUUCUAAGCAGCAGUCUGCAGGAAAUCAAUUGAAGGGCAGAAAGCCCCAGAAUUCUCCGCAGGUGAAUGAGAACAGGAAGCACAUGAGGUACUCCACAGCAGAGGCAGCGGAGCUUGAUAAAUUCAGCGUGAAGUACAGAGAGCAGAGGCAUUUCUCUGGACAUCCUCAUCACAGUCUCUUCUCAGAUAUCUUCACUGCCCUGAUCAAAAACCGACUCAGCUGCAGUGAGUGGCUGGACCAUUCCUCAUCUGAAAACAUCCUCCGAGUUCUCAUCUGCCUGAGACUGUUAAUAAGAGAGCCUCGGUACCAGAAAGUGUUUCAUGAGCUCAAUGGCUUAAUUCACCUUAUAAAGUACAUGGAGUCAGUGAGCAGUGCAUAUCUGGAAAAUAAAGAGCGUGCACUGGAAACCGAACAGCUCGUCACUAUGACCUAUGUGUGUCAAAAACUGGCCAUGGCUGAAGAGCAGAGAAAGUGGCUGAUUGACUGUGAAGCUCAUAAGACUCUUGUAAAGCUCCUUUCUGCACGGGACAGUAACGUGUUAUUAGGAGCCCUUCUGGCCCUCACUACUCUAGCAGACAGCCCCGAGUGCAAGGAGAAGAUCGGAGAGCUGUCUGUUGUGGAGAAUCUGCUGGUGAUUUUGCAGGAAUAUGACAUGUUAUCAAAAAGGCUCAGUGCGGAGCUGCUGCGUCUGCUCUGCCCCGUACCAGCCGUCCGUGAGCAGGUGUGUGAGUGCGACGGCGUCCCCGCCCUACUGAGCAUGCUCCAUGCUGAUCAUCUGAAGCUGCUCUGGAGCACGGUAUGGGUUCUGGUUCAGCUGUGCCAGGAUCCAGAGGGCAGCACCAACAUCCGAGCCUGGGGAGGAAUUCAGCAGCUCCUGCGCAUCCUGAACGGAGAGCGAGUGUAUGUGUCUGAUCGCUCGUCUAUAGCGACUCUCUCCAGUGCUAACGCUGCUGGCCGUCUUCACACACAGCAUGUAUGUGAGGAUCUGAGUCCACACGAGGCCGAAGAGAACACGGUGGCCCUGCACUCUGCGUGCUGUGCUGCGAUAACAGAGCUGGUGCUGGACGACGCAGCGGCCCACCAUGUGGUGCAGGAGAACGGUGUGUACAUAAUAGGCAAACUGAUCCUGCAACAUGGACCAAAAUCAGCAUCACUACAGUGCUACGCUUUCCGGACUCUGCGCUUCCUUUUCAGUAUGGAGCGUAACAGACAUCUUUUUAAAAGGCUCUUCCCACCAGAACUGUUUGAGAUGUUUAUAGACAUCGGGCAUUAUGUCAGAGACAUUGCAGCGUAUGUUCCUCUGCAGGAAAGAAUCUCAAUGCUUUCGACUGAAGAAUUAGACGGACUGAAGGAAAGGAUUGAGGCAGUGAAUCAGAACCGUCCUCCUCUCAAAGUGAUUAACGGCUACUCCAUUCUCGAUCCUUUGGGCAGUGGAGCCUUCGGCAGUGUUUUUAAGGUCCGCAAACAGGGAGCACAGAACUGUUUGGCACUGAAGGAAGUGAACCUCCACAAUCCUGCUUUUGGCCACGACAAGAAAUCCAGAGACAGCAACGUCGAGAAAAUAGUAUCUGAGCUCACCAUAAUCAAGGAGCAGAUGUCACACCCAAACAUUGUGAAAUACCUCAAGACAUUUUUAGAAUGUGACAGGCUGUAUAUCGUAAUGGAGCUGGUUGAAGGUGCACCGCUUGCCGAGCACUUCAACUCCCUGAAAGAAAAGCAGCAGACGUUCACCGAAGAACGAGUGUGGAAUAUCUUCAUUCAGAUGUGUCUGGCGUUAAGAUACUUACACAAGGAGAAGAGGAUCGUCCACAGAGACCUGACUCCUAAUAACAUCAUGCUGGGAGAGAGAGAUAAAGUCACUAUCACUGAUUUUGGUCUGGCAAAGCAGAAACAAGAAACCAGCAAACUAAUGUCCGUUGUCGGGACUAUUCUCUACUCCUGUCCAGAGAUUGUGAAAAGUGAGCCGUACGGAGAGAAGGCUGACGUGUGGGCUGCCGGCUGUGUCCUGUAUCAGAUGGUCACUCUCCGACCUCCAUUCUACAGCAACAACAUGCUCUCGCUCGCCACCAAGAUUGUGGAGGCUGAAUUUGAGCCAGUGGAGAAUACGGCCUUUUCAGAAAGAGUUACAGACAUGAUUAAAUGGUGCCUGACCCCGAAUGCAGAUUUGCGGCCCGACAUCGUGGAGGUCAGCUCUAGAAUCUGCGACCUGAUGAUGAAGUUCCUGGAUGGUGUGAACACCUCGCAUAACACGCUGGAGAAGAGAGCCGAGCGUGACAGGAGGCGAGCGCAGAAAUACUGCAUCGAAAGCAACCGCCUGAAGCUCACGUGCUGCAGACCGCCUCAGGGAAUGGACUUUAAUGACGAGCUGCCGGUUGGUCAACACGCUCAGCUGUCUGAGAGACGGGACCGAAGUUUCUCAGCCUCGCUAGACGGAGAAGCUAAUGUGCAAGAUUUUACAGCAAGUGAAGUCUCAACAACUGCCUCUGUCCUGAGUUCAGCCUCAGCUCAGGCACAUCUACUCCAUCAUCGAACCAAGAGCCCUGACAGCUUCUCACUUCCAGACGACCAAAGCCGAGCUGGUGGAGACUUUUCAAAGCCUAAAGCUCGACCAGGAUCAGCAGGAAUCUGCGUAUCCCACAAGAAAGUCCGUCAGAUUGAUGAUCCCAACCUAAGGCUUCUUGAACUGCUCCAUAAAAUCAUAUUCGUCACUCAGCUUCCACCAGGUCCUCAGACCAGUUUUCAGCGGCGUGCACUAGAGCGCUUUAAGAAAUCGCUGUUCCAGCGCGGAAGCGGUCCAUUUCAUCUAAAGAUGGAGCUCAAUAAGGUGCUUCAGGGAAGUCAGGAGGUGGUAGAGCUGGGGUCGGGCAGCAGGGACUGGUGGUCCAUGGUGCAGUCUGGCCGAGCUGAGACACACAGGGAGUUGGGUUAUUCGAGUCCUCAAGACGGCAUCACUUACGAGCAGGUACAGGUCAUGAUCGAGGAAGUGCUGGAGCAGAGCGGUUAUUACAGUACACCUUUAUCCAGGAGCGAGUCAGAGACAGGAAACAGCCGAACUGCCAGCCCGUGACUUCACACGUCCUUGUGGAAUGAUGUAAUAUCUAUGUGGUUUGUGUAAAUAUGCAGAUUACAGGAAGCCUUAGAACAAUUUUGUUCUUCCACACCAAGGCAUUUUGCUUUGAAAAUGAAACGUUUGGAGUGACAUGAAGACGUUCACAUUCAGAAAUACCUGAACAAGAGCACGUCCACCUUCUGAACUGUAGUAACUGUAGCUAAAUUGCAUUAAUCGACUUUGUUCAGGUGAACAACUGUUCAUUUUAUUCGAAUGUAUUAUAUUUGUUCUGACCUCACGUCCUGCACUACCUUCGCCUGCAUGCUAUCUGCACACAGCUAGCUCUCGACCUCUUAUAUCUCAAACCAAAUGUCCCAUCUGUGUAGAUGUGAUUUUAUAUAAACAUGAACAGGACCUCGUCACUUUAUUCUCAGGGUUAUGGAUGUGGGAUUCUUUUCUUUAACUGUCUGCCUUGCAAUUCAGGUUUCGCUUCAAAUCUCAGGUUGAGUUCUUAUAUGCACUUUACCUUAGAAACAGUCAGAAAUGUUAUUGUCAUUAUUCUUGACUGCAAUCUCUUCAGAUAUUCCUAAAGAAAUUCUGCAUUUUUAAAAAAAUCUAAAGCAUGUAUAGCAUUGGAUUGAUUUUAGUUUUCUGUCCUAAAUAGUGAUUUGAAAUUUGAAUAAAGGGCUGUUUGUUUUUCAGGCUGAUAUUCUGUCAUUUCCUUUUAGUCAGAAAACAGAAUGGCAUUAAAUUUACACUAGUUUAUUAUAUGAGUAAUAACACACUUGCAGGUGCACUGUUAUAGAAAAAUAAUCAACAACGGAGUUCCUAUUACUACCGCAGUGAUUAU